CUCUCUAUGUAUACACAUAUUCUAUCUAUAUGUAUAUAUGUAUAAACCAGAAUCCAUAUUUGUCUGUUGUAAGCCACCGUCCGGUCGGCAAAGAAGCGUGAGGUGACCCUUUCUGUCUCCGUCUCUCUCUGUUUUCGCUUAAAUUCACUCCACUCUCUUCACCCAUUCACAUCUCACUCCCUUCUCUCCAACCAAAUUCAAUUUCAACUCUGGGUUUUUCAUCGCAAAAGGAGAAGAAGAGUUAUGAAUUUGUAGAUUCGACUGCAUCCAUUCUUCAUGCUUCAAGUGGUGCUUCGUGUUCUAGAUUAAGGAUUCGGAUUCCGAUUUCACGAUGAUCAGUGUAAUGAAUUCUGUGAACACUUCCAUUAAUGAAGUCGGCAAAUGCUUGGAUUCUCAGUUAUGGCACGCAUGUGCUGGUGGUAUGGUACAAUUGCCGCCAUUAAACUCCAAGGUGUUCUACUUCCCUCAAGGCCACGCCGAACAUGCUGCAUCGGGAAACGUGAAUUUUGGGGAUUUCUCUCGAAUUCCACCUUACAUUCUGUGUCAAGUUUCCAAAGUGACGUUCAUGGCAGAUCCCGACACCGAUGAGGUUUAUGCUAAAAUCGGUCUUCUCCCCUUGAGAAACCUCAACGAUUUUGAUUCUGAUGAUAAUGGGAUUCUAGGGUUCGAUCAAAACAACCAAAAUCAGGAAAACCCAACAUCAUUCGCAAAGACAUUAACUCAAUCAGACGCUAACAAUGGUGGUGGAUUCUCAGUCCCGAGGUACUGUGCAGAAACCAUUUUCCCUAAACUCGAUUACACCGCAGACCCACCUGUUCAAAACAUCUUAGCCAAGGAUGUCCAUGGGCAAAUUUGGAAAUUCAGACAUAUUUACAGAGGCACCCCACGUCGCCAUCUUUUAACCACAGGUUGGAGCAAUUUCGUGAACCACAAGAAGCUCAUAGCUGGUGAUUCAAUCGUAUUUCUUAAAUCUGAUAAUAACGAUCUCUGUGUUGGGAUUCGAAGGGCAAAAAGAGGAAUCAAUGAGAAUAACGACAAGUUUUUCAGAAACCCUAUUGAGAAAUUUAAUGGCGAAUCUGUCUUUGAAGCUGUAAAAAUGGCAGCAAAUGGUCAACCGUUUGAGGUUUUUUAUUACCCGCGUGCAAGUACACCCGAGUUCUGUGUGAAAGCUUCAACUGUCAUGGCUGCUAUGAGGAUUCAAUGGUGUCCUGGAAUGAGAUUCAAGAUGGCUUUUGAAACUGAGGAUUCCUCAAGGAUAAGUUGGUUCAUGGGGACAAUUUCGUCUAUUCACAUCAAUGAUCAACAACUUUCCCCUAAUUCUCCUUGGAGGCUUCUUCAGGUAUCAUGGGAUGAACCUGAUUUACUACAACAUGUGAAGCGAGUCAACCCAUGGUCAGUUGAACUCGUAUCAUCAAUCCAUCUUUCACCAUUUUCACCACCACGAAAAAAACUCCGAAUCCUCCAACCACCCGAUCUCCCGCCACUAACCACCACCAACCACCACCACCACCACCCGACAAGCAUCCAGGGAGCCAGGCAGAACAAUUCCCAAUUUGGACAAAAUAACCAUUUGAAACCUUCCCCAUUUGAAAUCGCGAACCCUUUAACGAGAUUCAAGUCAACAAGUCAAACAACUAAAGAAACCGAUGAAAACAUUUCUUGCUUGCUAACAAUGGGGAAUACUUUCACGAAGAAUGAUGACGAUGAAAAGGAUAAGACUGUCAGAGAGCUGCUUUUACCCAUAUCAAGAGUUGUACAGAAUCUUGCUAACCCUUCAGUGAGUUCUUGAAGACAGGACAAGAGCUAAUAGUUUUAAUGGAAGAAGUAGGCAGUGGUAAUGUAGGAAGUUAGGAGGUAAUUGAAUUCUUGUUAAUUUUCUUGGAUUUGUGGGAAAAAAAGUCCAUUUUUCUAGCGAUUUUGAGACAUUAUUAUGAAUUUAGUUUAGACUUUUGAUAUUUUAUUGAUGUGUUUGAAACCCGAUUUCUGGUGAAUCAUUUGGGUGGAAUGUUGAUGCACAAGUUUGUUGUGGGUUUUGGGGAAGAAAUGUCAUGCAUUUUGCGGCAAUUUUUACACUGAAAAAAGGUGUUUCAACUUUCUCAAGUCAAGAGUGAUUGUGUUUAUGGUUCAUGUUUCUGGUGCAU